CAGAGUUAAGUCAUUGAGUAGUCACCGAAAGAAGAGAAAUAGUUCCAGAAAAAUGGCGCUGAGGGCAGCCGUUCUUCGCCAUCUUCGGGUUCCAGUCCAAUUCUCUGCCCUAGCUCGCCGGGAAUGCCAGCCGACGCCGUGUUCCGGUGGUUCUCUCCGGCUAUUUUCAUCCCAAGACGAUCGUUCUACAAAGGAGGAGGUCACUGAGAGAGUUCUCUCGGUUAUCAAGCGCCACCCGAAAGUCGACCCCUCCAAGGUGACCCCUGAUGUUCAUUUCCAGAAAGAUUUGGGUUUAGACAGCUUGGACACUGUGGAGAUUGUAAUGGCCUUGGAAGAGGAGUUCAAGCUAGAGAUACCAGACAAUGAGGCUGACAAAAUAGAUUCCUGCAAUCUUGCAAUUGAGUACGUAUGCAACCAUCCAAUGGCUAGUUGACGAAGUACUAACAUCUUUCUCUUUGUUUAUUUAUUUCUUUGGUGUUUUUGGAGUAUGUUACUCAGUGAAAGAAUUUUCAUCUCAACAUUGUUGUUUUAAAGUGAUGGAAAAUAAUUGUAACUGCUUGAAACAAAAUACAUUCUAUCUAGAAAGAUUUUCAGGGCC